AUACUUCUGCUUUACUCGCUCGUCUACUUCGGGACCAGAGAAGAUCUGCUGCGAGUUCAGAGGGUUUUAUUUUUUGAGUCUAGCAUUUUUAACGUAUGUUAAUAAAUAGUGAAUGUGGCGGAUGUGAUUCUAGUGCAGCAUCUGCGGAAAAGUCCCUUGCACCACAAGCGAAGGGUGUUAUUUUUCAGCCUGUUUUUGUCGUCUUCACAAGUGACAGCUCAAGUUCUGCUCGGACUUGGAGAUGAGUUUCCUUUUUGGCAAUCGAUCUUCAAAGACUUUCAAACCCAAAAAGAACAUCCCGGAGGGUUCACACCAAUAUGAGCUGUUAAAGCAUGCAGAGGCGACUCUCGGCAGUGGAAACUUGCGUCAAGCAGUGAUGCUUCCCGAGGGAGAAGAUCUCAAUGAAUGGAUUGCUGUGAACACUGUAGAUUUCUUCAACCAAAUCAACAUGUUGUAUGGCACAAUAACAGAGUUCUGCACAGAGACCAGUUGCUCAGUGAUGUCUGCAGGGCCAAGGUACGAGUAUCAUUGGGCAGAUGGCACUAAUAUUAAGAAGCCUAUAAAGUGCUCUGCUCCAAAGUAUAUUGACUACUUGAUGACCUGGGUUCAGGACCAGCUUGAUGAUGAAACACUUUUUCCAUCCAAAAUAGGUGUUCCAUUCCCAAAAAACUUCAUGUCGGUUGCAAAGACCAUUUUAAAGCGUUUGUUUCGUGUGUAUGCCCACAUCUACCAUCAGCAUUUCGACUCUGUUAUGCAACUUCAGGAGGAGGCCCAUUUGAACACUUCUUUCAAACACUUCAUCUUCUUUGUACAGGAAUUCAACUUGAUUGAUCGUAGGGAGCUGGCACCCCUUCAAGAUUUGAUUGAGAAGCUUGGUUCUAAGGAUCGGUAGACUGUGACUUUCCUGUGCCCAACCAACUUUCAACAUGACAGCAUGGUUCUUUGUUGUAGAUCUUUCUUUGGUUUAACUUUUUUUUUUUUUUUUUAUAAUUACAAAGCUUUUAGCGAAUGUGCACAUAGCAGAAGUUCAAGUAUGAUCAAAUAGGCAAAUACUGGGAAGGAUGGGAACAGCAUAUUUCUUUAAGCUUUUGUAACUGGAUUUCCUACAGAUAUUUUUAAUGCUUUUUAUCUUUCAUAAUAGAAGAUUCCUUUUUUUUUUUAAAAUAGACUUCUUAUAAUUUGAAGAGUAUGUACUAUGUGUAAAAGUCUGCUCAAAUCAUGUAAAAAUUCAAUUAUACCUGGGGUGCUGAAUUUUUACAGAUUUUGGAGCAAUUUGUAUGAUGGCUCCAUAUGUAAGUCUUCUGACAAGUUGGCUAAAAUGUUGUUGUUGUAGUAGUAAAGGCUGCCAUUGCUUGCACUAACAAACCCUAGCCCUAGCAUAAGUGGGGAAUGCCUGUCUGAAUUAGUCUUGGUAGCUUACUUUUAAUAUACAUAGGGAAAGGCAUUCUGAUCUCCUAAUCAGCAAAGCACUCCAAACCUUAAUGUUUACUUCUGUACCAUACUAAGUUUUCAACAGCAGACUGAGGACUAUAUGCUUUAGGAAAAAAAAUCGGAUAAAGCUGAAACACAUUAAAAAUAUUGCCUUAAUAGACGGGGAAAAAAAACAACUGUUUUGAUCAGAUUUGUUCCAUAGUGAUAACCAGAAACCUGGUUCUGUAAACUAAUUUCCCCCCAUUUAAUUGUUUUGUAGUUACGUCUUGGUCCCUGUUCUGUAACAGUUGCAAGGUAAACGGAAUGUCUUAAUAUACAGUGGUUUAGAAUUUUAAGAGCAAAAGCUUUUCAGCAGUGUUUUAAAAAAAAAAAAAAAAAAAAAAAAAAACCCUGAAAAAGCAUCUUCUACUCAACCUUUCAAGAUGUUCUUUUCCAAUGUCUUGCUCAAUUAGCUUAAAUCUGGUAUCUUCAGUAAUACUUGCCGUUUCUGAGUGGAAAAUAUAACCAUUAUGUCAGUCUGUAGCUCUUUUAAAUUUCAUUAAAAGUGUCUUUGCAUUUAUAAUGUGCUCAAUUACUAAACCACUGGAAGCCUUUGUAGUACUGGGGCCAUGUUAUUCAUUACUAAAGGGAAGUUCUAUAUACUGAAGAUGAACAGAUAGAAUAACUUGUGUUUAAAGUGGUUGUUGAAUAAGAUUGUAUGGUUUUUGGGAUGUGUUCAUUGGGAAAUGCUUCAGAAUAUACAUUUCAGAUUAGAAGUGCCCAAACUGUUGAAGGACUCAAGUUCCUACCCACUCUAAACCCCCUGCACCCUUCAUUUGGUUUGAGCCUUAAAUAGCAACUAAUAGUUCCUUUUAUAUUCUUUCUUACAAGACUAAUAUAGUGCAUAAAUAUAAAAGCAGCUGUAAUGUUCAAGCCCAACAGGACUCCUGCACUGUAUAGUAUUGCACAUUAUUAGCUGAUCAUUUUCUAAACCAAAAGCAUAGGAGAUGGAGUAUGGAAUUGUUUUAUUAAAAAAAAGCAUGGGAUUGGUUUUUGGUGUGGCUCAUGCACAGGUUGCAGUAGCCCUUUCAUUUCUGCAUUUAUUUAGAUGUCAACCACACCAGUAAGAGGUAUGUAGAAAUCUAUUUAACAGAUUCUUACAAUAGAGCGAAAAGCACUUAUCUUUAGGGUAAGUUCAGUUGCCUCAUCUUUAAGUUAGUGUUUAAAAAAAAAAAAAAAAAAAAAACAAAUCAUACACUUUUAAAACAUCCUUUGACAUUAUUACAAAUUAAAUAUUUUACUGCUUGUAUGUAUUUGUCCUCUAAAUUCCAUAGUAGGGGCAUGCAAUUAAAGAGAGCAAAUUGUCUGCAGUGCAAAGUUCAGCAAGUGCCUAGAAACGUACCUUUUCUGUCGGUUUUUCUCUCUCAGACUUGCUUUGUUGUUAAGUGGUGUAGAAAUUCUCUAAAAUAUCACAAAUGGUAUUUUUAUACACAUUAUGAUUAAUGCCUUUUUUAUUUAUUUUUUGUUUUUAAAAUGCAUAUGCUUAAGUUUUUAUGUCAGCAUUGGCUUUCAUGAAUGCUCUGGACCUUAUUUUUAAUGAGUUUACUGAAACUGCAGUGUUUUUCUACAGUAUUUUAAAUAUUUUUCAGUUUUAGUUGAUAAGUCACUAAAAUAAGUUUGAAUUUUUUUCAGCAAUGCCUUUAAAGUGUCAACUGAAUGUUCAGUUUAGUCUGCCUUUUGAAAUAUGUAUGCUAUUAGAUUUUUAGUAAAACAUAUUUUUUGAAAAAUGUUUUAACUGUCUUAAACUCAGGUUAUGGGAUACUUUAACAAAAUAUGUAAGUACUUUAUUUAGGGUAUUUAAAAUAAAAAAUACCAUAGCAGGUCAACCAACUCUUACUUUUUACAACAUAAAAGAAUCUUUGUGAUUAUAAAAGACAUAUCUUGCAUAUUUACCCUAGCUAUUAAGGUGAAAAAUAUUAUUACUUUUUAUAAGUGAAAUGGAGCGAUCCAUGAUUUCACGGAUGUUUUGUGAUCUAUUAGCUCAUCAUUCCCACUUCCUCUUUACCAUGGAGUAGUCAUAUAACAGUCAUGUGCUUUUGACUAAUAUUCACAACAAAGACUUUUUAUGAAAACUAGUUAAGCUAAAUAUGAUCCUAAAGCAUAUUGCUUCUCAUAUUGACUGUGACUUUAAAUCCUAUAUGUAAAGAUGAAUAGCAUGUCAAGCACGUGAGGAAACAUGCAAGUUUAAAAGCCUCACACUGGAGGCUAGUUGCCACACUUAAAGGGUAAAAACAAAAAGCAAACUGUAUUUCUGACUGGUGCCAUUUCUGUUUGCAAACAAACAUGUAACGUGACAUUAUAACAUUGAGUAAAAUAUCAAAACAUUCUUGAUUCAUACCUGAUAGUCCUGUUCCAUUGCACCACUGGACUUAGACAGUCUACUUUAAUAUCUGGGAUGAUGACAGUGAUGAUGAGCUCAUUGGUUCUGACCAGCAUUAUGUUUUCACAGUGACCAAUAUUCUGCAUUAAUUACAGAUUGGUUCCUAUAACUGAGGCGAUCUAAACAGGACAGUUACAGAACAUGAAGUUUUGUACUGGAGUCAUUUUCUAAGUAAUUUGAUCAUUGCCAGACUUGCAUUAAAAAAAGCUUGAUAGUGCAUUUGUGUGCACCACCAUUCCUCCAUAAAGGCACGUGUGAGCAAAUUUUGAAAAGUUGUCUUCUACCAGCUGAGCUGUUGUUAGGCUGGCCUAAAAUAGUUUUACGCUAAAAAUACUUUGUAAAAGAUCUAUAAAAAAUAUUUUUGUAGCAUCUUUUUGGAACUUUAAAUUUUGCUGUUUUUAAAACAAGGUGAACACAUUUUUACAUUGGGUUUUUUCCUAGUCACUUUAAGAGUUUGAUUUAUAAAUAGAUUUUCUUAUUUUUUUAAUUGACUUAAAUUCUGUCAAUGCUGAAAACAUUUGUUCUGUAUUAGUUGUUCAUGGUCUUUUUACAUAUUUUUAAAAUAAAAGAUAUAGCAUGUUUCUACCCACA